ACAAGCUGCUAAACUCAGGAAUUUGUUGAAAUAAGUUUUGAAAUAAAUAAAUUUUAUAAAAAUGAGUAAUUUCAUAAUAACAAAGGGUAUUCGAUUGUUAAGCCUCAGCAACAGAGUCAAAUGGCAAGCCCCCACACUCGCUGCAGUCCGUCAUUAUGCGGCGCAGCCAAAACGUUUCUACAAACAGACAAACGUGUUGUGUACGGAUUCCGGCUACGAGGUGACACUAGAUCACCGCAAGCUGAAGACGCCCAACGGAACGCUAUUUACGGUGAAAAGCGAACCCUUGGCAAUUGCCGUGGCCACCGAGUUCGACAGCCAGAAGGAUCACAUUGUCCGCUCGCGGAUGCACAUUUCCGCACUCUGCUUCACGGCCAUCGACAAUCCCAACCAUCUCACAAAGCUCGACAUGGUUAACUAUUUGCUCAACUUCCUGGCCACCGAUACAGUGCUUUUCCAAUAUGAUGAUGAGAAGGCUUUGCAGGAGCUGCAGUGCAAUGAAUGGGAUCCGCUAAUCGACUGGUUUAAUAGGCGUUUUGAAACCAAUCUGCAAAAGACCAUGUCCAUAACACCACCUCAUGUAACCGAUGAGGAUAAAAUUAAAAUUGCCAAGCAUUUCCAAUCAUUCAGCUUGGAAACGUUGCACGGUUACACCUUUGCGGUGGAUACUUUAAAGUCCAUUGUGCUGGCCUGUGCUGUAAUUGAGCAGCAGAUUAAUGUAGACAAGGCAGUAGCUCUUUCCCGCCUGGAGGAGGAAUAUCAACUGAAGUUCUGGGGACGCGUCGAAUGGUCUCACGAUUUAAGUCAGCAGGAACUGCAGGCACGUUUGGCCGCUGCUGUGUUGUUUGUGCAUUUCAAUUGUUCCGAACACUUUGUUAAAGAAAAGUUGCUUCUAUAAAUUGUAUAAAUGAUUUUUAAUAACUAUUU